UUUAAAGCAAAAAUAAUACACAAGUGGAAAGAAAUAGUUGUUUGCUCAUUUGGACCCAUUGGGAAAUUGUGUAGAUAUCUCUUGGAUAUGAUGGUAAUGGAUAAAUUUUUUUAGACUAAAUUUCGAAAUUAUUUCGAAUUCAACCAUGUCUUCCUUUAAUAUCUUCCAGUUAGGUUCGAACCUAAAAUAUUCCAAGCGUGUUCUAAUCAUCCAGUCCUGCAUAUUGAUCCGAUGUAACCCCGUUAGACUUUUUCUGCGAGAAUUACAAAACUCUAGCGACUUGGCUUAAAUUGUGUUUGUAGAAGACGGUGAUACUUUCCUUGCAAAUAUGUUAGACUUUUAUUUAGUAUCAAUUUUUCUUGGAUUUUCAAGUCAUCGGUGGAAAAAUGUUGGAUAAUUUAGGCAAUUUGAAUUCAAUUUCAAUACACGCAGUUUAAAGCAAAAAAAUGGGAAAUUCGACCCAUUAACUGGGUAUGUUCAGUUCAAAUAACUGAUAAAUGCAAAGUCGAUCUUGUACAUUUUAAGCGACAUUCUUCUGCAGCCAAACGUUUUCAAAUAACACACUAUUUAAGGUCUAGAACUCUCUAAAAAUUUGCCAGACAAGUCGUAGCUAAUGCAUCACAUAUCAUGAAAUUAGAGAUUAUUAUUAUUAAUCUUUUAAAUAUUGAGCGGUCUUAUUAUUUACUUACAAUCAUAGAUCCCAAAUGACAAAAACGAUUUCAAACUAGGAAGGCAUAAACAUGAAUCACUUUCCUUUUAACGGCCUUUGGAAGAAAAUGAUAUUCGUUUUGUUUAUUUCUGGAAGCAUCCUGCUCACGAUUUCAUACUACGACUAUGCCACCGUGUUGAAAUACCAAUAUCUAAUAAAUUCCAGCUUGAAUCCCGGAAACCAGUCAACUGAUAAUAAUCACACAGAAGUUGUCAAUAAAACAGCAGCAAAGAAUCUCCGUGGUGGCCAUGUGGAAGAAGACAGCAGGUUUGAACAGGAGGACUUGCAGGAAGAAGGCACACACGAGACCAACAGUGUUUCACAUCAGGAUACGACUACUUGGAAAGUGAAAAACCUUGAAGAAACCAACAGAAAAACAACGCAGGGUUUAAAGGAACACCAACAAGCUUCUACUCAUCCAGUAGAGCAGGAUUCUAAUGCAGCAAACUUAAACAAUGAGGGCUCCUAUCUAGUAUCCAGUUCAAAAUGCAAAAUAAAAAACCAAGAUCCCUUUUCCUCUGAUGCUAAACAAUUCCUCAAACCCAGCAAAUACAAGAGAUGCACCAAAAUCCCUUUGCUAACUUAUGUGACGAAAGAAGACAAUAUUGCAACAGUUCACGUGGAUGCUAAGCUGAUUCCUCAAUACACUAAAAGCACCAUAUCCUGCUGCUACUCAGAUGUAUCCAGAGGCAAACCAAUGAAAAAUCGGGACGAUUCUAUUCAGUUGACCACGUGCACAGAGUUUGAGAAGAACGUGACGAUUUCAAAGGAGGCGAUCCUCGUUCGUUGCAUUGAACACAAUACAAAAGAGAAAAUUUACGAAAACGUCCAUACUUCUAUUAGAAUAACCAGUAACGUCCAGAACAAAAUUAACUUCUAUGACAAUAGUACGAUUAAACCGUUGAGUGUCCUUUUCGUCGGCAUCGACAGCAUUUCCAGGCUUAAUUUUAUUAGAGCUUUACCAAAAACUUGCAAGUAUGUGGAGAACAAUGGCUGGAUAUCCUUGAAAGGGUACAAUAAAAUCGAUGACAAUACUUUCCCCAAUCUUAUGGCGAUACUAACGGGCUUUAAUCAGACAACUGCCUAUGCGAUCUGCAAACCCAAAACCAUGGGCUUCCUGGACAAAUGUCCAAUGUUAUGGUACAAGUACAGGGACUUUUCCUAUGUUACAGCUUAUGCCGAAGAUGAAGCCAAUAUCAGCACUUUUAAUUUCAACAAAAAGGGGUUUGUAUCUUCUCCAACCGAUUAUUAUUUCCGCCCUUAUAUAAUGGCAACCGAAAGGCUGAAUAAAGUGUCGGUCAGUUCAAUGGGAUAUUGCACAGGACCAGAAACAGCUGGUGAACGAAUUCUGAAUCUGGUCAAGGAGUUUGGCGUUACCUUCAAGAAUCAGCCCCAUUUUGGGUUCUUCUGGAUGAACACUUUCAGCCACAACGAAAUCAGCACGCCAACAAUGAUGGACAAUAAAUUGAGAGGCUUCUUGAUCGAUUUGGACCACAAAGGUGUCACCAACAACACCAUCAUCAUUUUCCUGAGCGACCAUGGGAUUCGAUUUGGUGACAUUCGAACCACCGAAACUGGAUGGCUGGAAGAGCGACUGCCCUUCAUCUACUUUUCCUUCCCGCCCUGGUUUAAAGACAGGUUCCCAAGGGAAUAUGGAAACUUCCAGAAAAACACUGACAAACUCACAACGCCCUAUGAUCUACAUAUGACGCUCCAGCACGUUCUCACUAUGUCAGGAUUGAAUCAUACGAUCAGUCCAAGCAAUGCUUGUCCAAGAUGCAAGUCGCUUUUUGAAGAGAUACCCAAAGAACGAUCGUGUGAAGAUGCGCGUAUUACAGACCAUUGGUGUACUUGUGCGGGAUACACACAGACGAAGUUGCAGCCUGCAGCCGAGAAAAAAGUAGCUAAAGUGAUAGUAGCUGCUGUUAAUGCACAGGUGGCGACCAAAGAGGGUGGAAGCAAAUGUGCCAAAUAUACAGUAAGUGGAAUUACGACUCGACUGUCGCACAAGUUUUCCUACAAAAACACGUCGUAUAUCCUGGUCAUUCUAAAGACCAACCCUAAAGCAGUAUUUGAAGCGACUGUAAGUUUUAAUGGUGAUAUUAUGAAUAGCACGUUCAAAACUGGAAGUAUUAGUAGGCUAGAUUAUUACAGUACACAUAGUCAUUGCGUCUCUGAUGCAAAUUUGAAGAAAUAUUGUUACUGUAUAUAGACUUUAAUGUUAUCGUUAUGGGAUUUUUGGUUGAAAUUAUAGAUAAUUCCUGCAUUUUAACCACAAUAUUAUAUAUUGAAGAUCAUCAGAUUCGUUUGGGAAAUUACGCAUAGUUUUAACCAAUUAUUCUUUCCACGUGCCUUGACUAUUUGUUAUUAGACGUACUUGCCAAAGACUAUUUACAAUAAGUAUUUAUGAUCUCUAUAUGUUUACAGAAAUUAUAUUUCAUAAUUGCGCUUUUUCGCCUUCGUUCAGCGUCGAAUUGCUCAAAAGCGACACUUAGUUCGAAUUUUCCACAAAAGUGUACAUACACUUUUGAUCCAUGCCAAACUCUACAUUAAGUAAGAUAUGCAUCUAAAAUAUAUCAUAUUGUGUAACAUGUAAAGCUAUAUAGGACAUAUGAUAUAAGACUUUCUAAUUCUGUAGAAAAUGAUCCAUAUUUAGUUGAAGAAUGGUGCUAAUGGAGAAUUUUAUUGGCGUUACAAGGACAAUAUUGAUAAAACUGGUGAAAUUUUUGUGUUUUUAGGCUGUGGUGGAAAAGCAUGUGUGGCUUGCAAAAGGCAGGAAUAAACUAUUUUCCGCCACCUCGCCAGUUUCAAGAAAUGGCCGCACACACACAGCAUAUCAAAAGCCAAUCCCUUUUGAUACAAUGUUGUGUGUUUUUAAAGUCAAACAAUUUAACGGAAACAAAAGGAAAUACACAGUACAAUGUCAAAUUGCCAAAACUCUUUUUCGGCUCAUUUAAAUUCCAAUCAAAAUCAGAUCAGUAAAACGUCUAAAUAUUAACUGGAAAUGCAAAUAAUUACAUAAAUUCGCAAUCUGUGAUAUAUAUUUCCAAAAUUAGAUGCGAUUAUCGCUUAAUUUGGAUCAACAUAUCUGAUUUUCUCUAUUCCAUAGUGAAUCCCCAGCAGUUGCUGUUUGAUUCCUCAGUAGCCGUAGAAAACAUUGUUACCAGUUAUAGUUUUAAGACUCAACUGUAUUUGAACUAUUUAUGUUUUAGGAAAUAAUCUAGUCAUGUACCAUUGCAACAAUGUUAUGGCGACAAUUCGGAUGGUUAAUUAGAUAUGUAUGACGUAAUACAAUUUUACUCCUUGG